CGUCAUACUCGGUACUGCCCCAUACCAUCAACCAACUCUCCACCAACACGUUCACUUGAGUGUUUGUCUCGAAAAAACAUGAAUUUUGAGGAGAUAGAGGAAAGAGAUGGAAUUCGUUUUACGUGGAACGUCUUUCCUUCUACCAGGAUAGAAAGCUCCAGGGCAGUCGUUCCCAUUGCUGCUAUGUACAAGCCUUUGAACGAGCGUCCUGAUCUUCCUCCAGUUCUCUAUGAUCCUGUAGCGUGUAAAGCGCCUUGCAGAGCAAUUCUAAACCCCUAUUGUCAUAUUGACAUUAGAGCCAAGUUUUGGAUUUGUCCCUUUUGUUUGCAGCGUAAUAUGCUUCCUCCUCAAUACAAAGACAUUUCAAACACUAGCUUGCCCUUGGAGCUCAUGCCUCAAUACACGACAAUUGAGUACACACUCCCUCGUCCUCCUCAGCUGUACCCUGUCUUUCUCUUUGUCGUCGAUCUUUGCCAAGACGCCGAUAAUCUCAAGGCAUUGAAGGACUCCUUGAUUGUUAGUCUCAGUCUUCUUCCCCCUGAGUGUUUGGUUGGUUUGGUUACCUUCGGUACGGCUGUCAGUGUGUACGAGUUGGGAUAUACUGAGUGUGCCAAAUCAUAUGUGUUCCGUGGUACGAAAGAGUAUACAUCGAAGAAUAUUCAAGAGAUGCUUGGUCUCCCUGCUAGUGGUGUACAUGCCAGUGGUCCUGGCGUUCCUCCUAUGGCUUUCCAAGGUUCUGCUGCCAUUUCAAGAUUUUUGCUUCCAAUUCAGCAAUGUGAGUUCCAGCUUACCAACAUCUUGGAACAAUUGCAGACUGAUCCUUGGCCUGUUGCCAACGACAAACGUCCCCAGAGAUGCACUGGUGCUGCAAUGAGCGUUGCAGUCGGUUUGAUGGAAAGCGCAUGUCCCAACACUGGCGGAAGAAUUAUGCUGUUUUCUGCUGGACCGGCCACGAUCGGCCCCGGUAUGGUCGUUUCUACGGCUUUGAAAGAUCCUAUUCGUUCUCAUCAUGACAUUGAGCGCGACCAGGCUAAACAUUUGAAGAAAGCCAGUCGUUUUUACGAGCACCUUUCCAAACGUGCAAGUGCCAAUGGCCAUGCCAUUGACAUCUUCGCCGGCUGUCUUGAUCAAGUUGGUUUGAUGGAGAUGAAGAGUGCCACUACUGCCACAGGUGGACAUAUGAUCUUGUCUGAUGCUUUUACUACUUCUAUUUUCCGUCAAAGUUUCCAACGUAUCUUUACUCGUGAUGCCACCGGACAACUUUCCGUUGGCUUUAAUGCUAGUAUGGAGGUCUUAACUACAAAGGAAUUGCGUAUUUCUGGAUUAAUUGGACAUGCAGUCUCCAUGAACAAGAAGAGCUCGAAUGUUGGCGAAACAGAAAUUGGAUUGGGUAACACCAACCAGUGGAAAAUGUGUGGAAUCUCCCCUCGUUCUACUUACGCUGUCUACUUUGAGGUUGCUACUCAAGCCGCUGCUGCCACACAAGCCAACUCGCGUGGUUUGAUUCAGUUCAUCACUCUCUAUCAGCAUUCCUCCAAUACAUUCCGUUUGCGUGUGACCACUGUUGCCCGCCAAUUCGCUGACGGUGGUAGUCCUUUGAUUGCCAACUCCUUUGAUCAAGAAACUGCCGCCGUCGCAAUGGCUCGUAUUGCUACUUUCAAGGCCGAGGUGGAUGAUGGUCCUGAUGUGCUGAGAUGGAUCGAUCGCAUGCUUAUUAAACUCUGUCAAAAAUUCGCAGAGUAUCGUAAAGAUGAUCCUGCUAGCUUCCGUCUUUCAUCGCAAUUUACGCUUUACCCUCAAUUUAUGUAUCAUCUUCGCAGAAGCCCCUUUUUGAGUGUCUUUAACAACUCGCCCGACGAAACUGCCUUUUACCGUCAUAUCUUGAAUCAUGAAGAUGUUAAUAACUCUUUGAUUAUGAUUCAACCAACGUUGCAGUCAUACUCCUUCGAAAAUCCUGAUGGUGUCCCCGUUCUUUUGGAUGCUGUUUCCAUUAAACCUGAUGCGAUUUUGUUGCUGGAUACUUUCUUCCACAUCCUUAUUUUCCAUGGUGAGACAAUUGCCCAAUGGAGAAAUGCUGGUUACCAAGACCAACCAGAGUAUGCAAACUUCAAGGAACUUCUUGAGGCUCCUAGAUUGGAGGCUGCAGAUCUGUUGGUUGAUAGAUUCCCCAUUCCUCGUUUCAUCGUUUGUGACCAAGGUGGAAGUCAGGCCCGUUUCCUGCUUUCUCGUAUUAAUCCUUCCGAGACUCACAUGACGGCGGCAUCCGCCUACGGCGCUGCUCCUGCUGCUAAUGUGGUUCUCACUGAUGAUGUUUCACUUCAAGUGUUCAUGGGUCAUCUCAAGAAACUGGCUGUUGCCAUUUCGUAAAAUGCAUAGUCUCAUCCUUCCUUCCUUUCCUUUCACUCAAUAGAAGAUGAUUAACGAUGUCCGUCAUGUCAAUCACAUAAACAAUGUGGUUGCGAACUUUGCAGUACGUUUUCUCUGUAAUAAUCAACCAUCUACUCUUGUCUGAUGUCAAGGCUCUAGCAAUUAUCUCAUCCGUUUCCUCACUUUCCAGUGGUUCAUGCAGCGAUCUACGGCAGGUUUCGAUCUUUUAUCCAGGUUUUCAUUAACGAUAUGCACACCCACGCUGUCUGGCUUUCAUGUUUAAAUACUGUGACGAAUUGGUUGUGAAUCUUAUAUCUGUAAGUCUUAGCCUCGUCUUAGACCAGUUAGGGGUUUUUAAUAGUUAAAAAAACAUGAUCUUGUUUAAGUAAAUGAAAACAUGGUGUAAAUCUUUAUGGAUUGCAUAUUGCUUGUUGCUGAGCUUGGUUUGUUUAUCUCUUAAAACUAUUUGUUUACAUUGAAUGAAAAAGAAGCAUGUUUACGAACAAAGUGAACAUACAGAUAUUGUGAAGACAUAAUCACUUUCAUUAGUUUAUCCUGCUCUAUCGACAUUUAAAUUCAAUAUCUGCAAUGCAAGUAGUUGACGCCAAAGUAUUAAACGAGAUUGAAGUAUGCAGCAAGUUAGACGACGUUCAAAUUAGAAAACCAGCAAAGGCACUGGCACGAGAGAUGACUCUGUCAAGACUACAAAUGCCAAGAAGCUUGAGUUAUCAACUGUAUGCCCGCCGUUUCUGCAGGGAGCUCAUUCCUAACCGAAUGAUAACUAUUCGAUGCGUACUGAACAGUACAGGAACCUCAAAAACGGAACUACUUAUCGACGUCGAUCCCAUGUUGCCCACACAAAGACUUGGUACAUUAAUCCAAACGAUUCUGCGCAAGCAUGACACCCCUAUUGUACCAGACGAAUUUCGUCGAGAAUUGCUCAAUGUGUCUCCUCUCCAAGGACCAAGUUUUGAAUUGGCCGACAGAAGCGAGCGAAUAAUUGAGAGGGCCGAUUCGCAAGGAAUCGUACAUGUAAUUGUAAAACCAAUCAAACUUGAAUAAAUUGUCUUCUUAAUUCUUGUGUCCAGUACCAACCAACGAAACCUUAUAAAUAAUGCCGUAUCCCUAAGACAAAUUAGAACACAAUACUACGCACAGUCCUC